AUGUGGGAUUCAGACACCCAGACGCGCAUCUACAGCAAGUUCCCCGUGUCUCUACCGCACGAGACUUUCAGCAGCACCUACGAGGCAAACCCUUCAGACUAUGAUCUUCGCCGCCUGGGCGCUCAGAACGUGCCGCCACGCUUCGAGAACCACGCAGCGAAGCUUAUGAAAGGCGACCUUGCUUUCCCUGUGGGGUACUACUCCGACGGAGUACCCCACACAAAGAAAGACAGCUUCAUUACAUUCUCGUGGAGCAACUUUGUGACCUCGGCCCGCCACACAAUUGCCAUCGUCCGAAAGAGCGAUUUAUGCCAAUGCGGCUGCCGAGGGAUGUGCACCCUGGCAGCCGUCAUGAGAAUCAUAGUUUGGUCAUUUAAUGUGAUGUCCACAGGGCUGUUUCCCGACCGUGGCCACGACGACACGCCAUUCGCUGACGAGAUCCGUGCUGCUAAACGUGGUUUCGCGUUGGCUGGGGGUCUAUGCGGCGCCGCCUGCGAGAUGAGAGCUGAUCUGCUGGAGAUCCACCAGGCGUGUGGAUUCAAGCGGUGGGAUAACGUGGAGCACCCUUGCUGGGCAUGCAAUUGCCACAAGGACCAACUGUUUGAGUUCCCCCUGUCAGUGGCGAGCUGCCCAUGGGUAGACAAGGGUCCCGUAGAAUACGCCGAGAUGAUACGCUCAGUUGUGAAGACGGUUGCAGUUACUUCUAAGGCACAGUUCAAGCGUUUGCUGAGAUGUUGUCGCCACGAUCCUGAAUUGUGGGGAUUUGGCACCUGGUGUAAUUUCAAUGAGCUCGGCUUGCCGUCGGGGCACAGACUGCUCCACAGGGGCGCUGUCAACGACGCACAUAAGCUCGGCGAGGUGGAGGACCAGAUCGGUCCAGGUCGCCCUGUUCAGCUGCAUUUCUUCGACGUUCGUAACCAUGCGGGGACCAACUUCGUGGCGCCAAUCCUGGGCGUCGUGGGGUUCACGGCGUCGAUGAUCUGCUUGGACAUCAUGCACGUGCUGGAUCCAGGCUGCACGCAGAGGCUGGUGGCCACCGUCUUCUGGGCCCUCAUCGAGGCAAACUUUGCAAGGAGUGCUGCUCGGACAGGGAUCAUCCGUAGAGUGCACAACCUGAUCCACCUGAGGCGACGAAUGAAAGCAUACUACCUUGCCAAUGCUGCGCUUUUUGCGCGUGGAUCCCAGUCGAGAAUAUUCAGGAUUAACCUGGAGAUGCUUGGGGACGUGCACCAGCCGAGGUUCCGCGCCAAGGCUGCCGAGACAAGGCACCUUGUGCCCCUUCUCCUUGCAUUAUGUACUGAGAAUGCUGCAGUGUUUGCUAAUGGUGCUAAUGUUUUCAUCCCGCCCGCGUGCGCGUCCCUGUUGAAGUUUCAUCAGCUUAUCGAGCGCAACCCUCGGCUAAUGCCUGUCCAGUCCCAAAGGGACAUGGAAGCGAGCAUGUUGGCAUUCCUUCAGUACUGGAAGGCAGCUGGCGGCCACUGCACAUACAAGCACCACAUGUGCUAUCACCUUGUGAAGUCCGCCAGGGUCCUGGGUAAUCCCAGGUUCUACUGGACAUAUGUCGACGAGGGGACCAAUCGUGCGCUGGCCGCCGUUGCGAAGUCAGUUCACCACGGCCCCACAUUUUAUUUUGCCUUUCUUCAGAAGUACAUGGUUGCCUGA